AUGACUGCUUCUCUCAACAAGCUCCGUCAGCGCUUGCCAGCGCCUCGACAGGACCAGGAGAUUCGCCGUGCUCGUGAGGAGCGUGGUUCAGUCGAAUCUGAGCAAGCUACAUACGAGCCCGAAGGAGUUGAUUUGCUUGCCCGAGAGGCACCUCCGUGGUAUCGUUGCCCUGCCCGCCGCCGUCUCUACCUGCUUCUAUUUCCUGGCGCUGUCUGUUCCUAUGCGACCAGCGGAUAUGAUGGUUCCUUGCUCAAUGCUUUGCAAACUGUGUCUUAUUUUGACGAGUUCUUCAACUAUCCCCGCGGCGCUAAGCUAGGACUGAUGAGCGCCAUCAUGGCCCUCGGAAGCAUCUGUUCUACACCUUUAGCACCUUGGGUUGCUGAUCGAUAUGGUCGUCGCUGGGGCAUUACAAUUGGCAGUCUGAUCAUGAUCGCUGGCUCUGUGAUCCAAGCCGUCAGUGUUAAUCUGGAUAUGUUCAUUGCUAGCAGAUUCCUUCUCGGUUUUGGUCUCUCAUUUGCUACCACGUCUGCUCCUAGCCUGGUCACCGAGCUAUCGCAUCCCAAAGACCGCGUGACUAUCACGGCUAUUUGUAACACUUGCUGGUCAAUAGGCAGUAUCGCGGCCGCAUGGAUUACCUUUGGAACCAGAGAAAUCAACAGUAACUGGUCCUGGCGCCUGCCAUCCCUCUUUCAGAUGGGUCCCAGCGUCGUUCAACUAUGUGCUAUCUGGUUUCUUCCAGAGUCCCCACGAUGGCUGGUUUCGAAAGAUCGCGAUAUUGAGGCUCUCCAAGCUCUCAAAAAGUAUCACGGAAAUGGCCAGGAGACUGAGCUAGUAAAGCUCGAGUAUCAGGAAAUUAGAGCCGCUAUCGACCUUGAACGAUCUAUCGGCGCCACCACGUGGAAGUCCAUGGUUAUCACACCUGGGAACCGCUACAGGAUGUUCCUUGUACUUUGUAUGGGCUUGAUGAGCCAGUGGUCAGGAAAUGGUCUGAUCUCAUACUACCUUGCCCGAAUCAUGGAUUCCGUAGGCAUUACCAACAAAGAUACCCAGGCUCUCGUCAAUGGUCUGCUCAACGUCUACAACUUCACUCUUGCUUUUACUACAGCUUUCUUUGUCGAACGGCUUGGUCGUCGCAUCCUUUUCCGAGUUUCGACACUCGGCAUGUUAAUUGUGUUUAUUGCAUGGACUAUCGCAUCGGCGAGAUUCCACGAGACGGGAGCUAGCGCUGCAGGAAUUGCAGUUAUGGCCUUAAUCUUCCUUUACGGCGCCUUUUAUAAUAUUGGCAUGUCUCCGCUUGCUGUUGCAUACUCGGUUGAGGUCCUACCAUACUCUAUCCGAGCGAAAGGAAUGGCGACUUAUAUUUUUUCAACAAAAGCUGCCGUGUUUGUCAAUCAGUAUGUAAAUCCUAUUGGCCUUGACAGUAUUGGCUGGAAGUACUACCUCGUCUAUGUCGUCAUUCUUGCGGUUGAAAGCUUCAUCGCCUACGGGUGGUUCAUUGAGACCAAGGGUAAAUCGCUUGAGGAGAUUGCUGUUCUUUUCGAUAAGGAACAGGCAGAACCGAUUCGCGUAAGCAAGGUGGAGGGUGACAAUGCUGUUGUGGCUAUGGAGGAACACGUGGAAGCGGACAAGAGAGUCUAG